CCAUAUCAUCAAUUGAGUGUACAUAUGAUCACCUCCAUGCUUCAGUCUGCACAGUCUGUUGCUCAUUCUCGAAUUUGAGAUUUCGCUCGUUUUGGUAGUGACUUAAAGCUUUUCAAUCAGUGGAAACAGUAAAACACUGGCUAUUUGCCAAUCAGUCUGGCGCUAUUCAGGCAUGCACGCGCUGACCGUGACGUCACGCACUCUGGACAGGUUUGAGCGCGUUUCAUGUGCAACUUGUGGCACAAGCUUGAGCGUGCUAGCAGUUCCAAUCCGAUGUACCGCAAGAGAGCGGCAGAGGUCGACGUCGCCAGCGACUGCGCUUCGAAUUCUUCCAAAUACGGCAGAGUUGAUGUGCUUUCCGUUUGUCGCACGGUUCAUGUGUCGAACGAAUUGGCAAGCCUUUUACUACCGACUGCUGCCCGGCGAGGUGCUGUCAUCUUGUCUUUUCCACAGCUGAUUGACUAUUUGAAAGAGUAUACGACGGAGAGGAAUCUGGGCGACAAGAAUUCGUCACCACCGAGAAUCCGAUGCCGCGAUGAUCCGCUGGGCACCGUGUUGGGAGAGCGAGAUUUCUCGCUUUACGAUUUACCAUCCUUGUUGAGUAACCAUUGCAAGUCAGUGUGUGUGCAACAUAGUUCUCCUCACACAACUUGGAAUCCUGAACACAACAGACCAUCAGGUCUUACUGCGGUAAAACAUGAAUCAUCAUUGUCUUAUGUAGUGAACACUGUACAAGCAACAUGGAAGCCGCUAAAUGUAAUGGUCAGGUUUCCACUAGAAGAGGAAGCAUGUCAUGUAUCCAGAAAAGAACCUUCACUCAAUGGAGACAAGACAGAAGAAAAGGCUUCUACCUCAACAUCACUUGAUGAUGAUACUGAGGCUAAUGAUAAAGAAGGCAUUUUAAAAGAAGGUUUAAGAGCCUGUAGUUCUAGAGUUUUUACAAAACUGGAACAAGAGGAACAAAAGCAUGAAAAUAACAAGGAAGACAGUGCUACAGAGGAAGUGGGUGAUGACAACAAAUGCAAUGCUGAAAUGCUCAGUGAGAGUGAGUCUGAAUAUUUAGACGAGAAUAAGCUUGAGUCUUCAAUGUGGAAUAGUACAUAUGGUGACUUGACUGGUUAUGAGACUGACAUUAUUGAGAUUAAUGAUGACAACUACAUCUAUCUUGAUGAUGUUGUGACCGAAUAUGACUUCACAGAAUAUGAGCCGGCUAGUCCAACCAGCUCAGAGCCGUACUCAGAGUCUGACUCAGAGCCCUGUUUUCAACAAUAUCGAGGAACUCUUCCUUGUUCAACUUAUGAAACUAGUGACGAUGACGAUGACGACGACAUAGACAAGUGGUCUUGCUCGCGAUGCACCUUUGUCAAUGAAGCAGUUGCAUAUCGGUGUGCCAUGUGUUGGAAGAAACAACCACAGAGGACACAUCUACCAAAGACUUUACAGAAAAAGCUGAAUUUCUGUUCACAAGAUUCUGGUAUUGGAUCAAGUCAGUCAGACGAUUUGAAGCCGAUUAAGAAUUGUGUAGUAUGUCUUACCAAGCCAGUUAGCACCAGUCUAGUUCACAAUGGAACAGCUCAUCUUGUAUGUUGCUACAAGUGUGCCCGGAAAUUGUUGAAGAGAAGGAAACCUUGUCCAAUUUGUAGACGUCCUAUUCAGCAAGCUGUGUUAACCUUUACGUCAUAAGGUAUUGGAUAUUUCUACUCAGUAGUACUGCAUAUAGUGUAGCGUGGCAGUCUGUAUUUUAUGCUGUUGAAUACAUGCAUAGCUGUAAACCAGA